AUGGCCGCGCGGGCAGCAGCGGCGGCGGCCGCGGCGGCGCGGGCGCGGGCUGGCAGCGGCGAGCGGCGGGCGCCCCCCGGGCCGCGGCCGGCGCCCGGGGCCCGGGACCGAGGCGCGCGCGGCGCGGCGGCGGCGGCGGCGGCACCGGGACCCAUGCUGGGGGGCGGCGGCGACGGCAGCGGCCUGAAUAACGUGCACCACCACCCCCCGCACCCCCGUCACGAACUGAACAUGGCCCAUAACGCGAGCGCGGCGGCCACGGCCGCCGCCGCCGCCGCCGCCAGCGCUAACAGCGCCAAGAGCGGCGGCUCCGAGACGGCUCUCAAGGAGGGUGGAAGCGCCGCCGCGCUGUCCUCCUCCUCCUCCUCCGCGGCGGCGUCCUCCUCUUCCUCCUCGGCGGGCCCGGGCUCGGCCAUGGAGACGGGGCUGCUCCCCAACCACAAACUGAAAACCGUUGGCGAAGCCCCCGCCGCACCGCCCCACCAGCAGCACCACCACCACCACCAUGCCCACCACCUGCACCACCAUGCCCACCACCUCCACCGCCACCACCACGCACUACAACAGCAGCUAAGCCAGUUCCAGCAGCAGCAGCAGCAGCAGCGGCAGCAUCCCAUUCCCAACAACAGUCUCAGCGGCGCGGGCAGUGGCACGGCUCAGCCCGGUCCCGACAUGGAGCAGCCGCAACAUGGAGGGGCCAAGGACAGUGCCGGGGGCAGCCAGGCCGACCCCCCGGGCCAGCCUCUGCUGAGCAAGCCGGGCGACGAGGACGACGCGCCGCCCAAGAUGGGGGAGCCGGCGGGCGGCCGCUACGAGCAGCCGGGCCUGGGCGCCCUGGGCGCGCAGCAGCAGCCGGUCGCCGUGCCCGGGGGCGGCGGCGGCGUCGGCGGCGGCGGCGUCGGCGGCGGCGGUGGCGGCGGCGGCGGCCCGGCGGCCGUCUCGGAGUUUAAUAAUUACUAUGGCAGCGCUGCCCCAGCUAGCGGCGGCCCCGGCGGCCGCGCUGGGCCUUGCUUUGAUCAACAUGGCGGACAACAAAGCCCCGGGAUGGGGAUGAUGCACUCCGCCUCAGCUGCCGCCGGAGCCCCCAACAGCAUGGACCCCCUGCAGAACUCCCACGAAGGGUACCCCAACAGCCAGUACAACCAUUAUCCGGGCUACAGCCGGCCCAGCGCGGGCGGCGGCGGCGGCGGCGGUGGAGGAGGAGGAGGAGGAGGAGGCAGCGGAGGAGGAGGAGGAGGAGGAGGAGCAGGAGCGGGAGCUGUGGCGGCGGCGGCCGCGGCGGCGGCGGCGGCGGCAGCAGCAGCAGGAGGCGGCGGCGGCGGCGGCGGCGGCUAUGGGGGCUCGUCCUCGGGGUACGGGGUGCUGAGCUCCCCCCGGCAGCAGGGCGGCGGCAUGAUGAUGGGCCCCGGGGGCGGCGGGGCCGCGAGCCUCAGCAAGGCGGCCGCCGGCGCGGCGGCGGGGGGCUUCCAGCGCUUCGCCGGGCAGAACCAGCACCCGUCGGGGGCCACCCCGACCCUCAACCAGCUGCUCACCUCGCCCAGCCCCAUGAUGAGGAGCUACGGCGGCAGCUACCCGGACUACAGCAGCCCCAGCGCGCCGCCGCCGCCGCCGCCGUCGCAGCCCCAGUCCCAGGCGGCGGCGGCGGGGGCGGCGGCGGGCGGCCAGCAGGCGGCCGCGGGCAUGGGCUUGGGCAAGGACAUGGGCGCCCAGUACGCCGCUGCCAGCCCGGCCUGGGCGGCCGCGCAACAAAGGAGCCACCCGGCGAUGAGCCCCGGCACCCCCGGCCCGACCAUGGGCAGAUCCCAGGGCAGCCCAAUGGAUCCCAUGGUGAUGAAGAGACCUCAGCUGUAUGGGAUGGGCAGUAACCCUCAUUCUCAGCCACAGCAGAGCAGCCCUUACCCGGCAGGUUCCUACGGCCCCCCAGGCCCACAGCGGUAUCCAAUUGGCAUUCAAGGUCGGACCCCAGGGGCCAUGGGAGGAAUGCAGUACCCACAGCAGCAGGUGCCGCCUCAGUAUGGCCAGCCAGGUGUGAGCGGUUACUGCCAGCAGGGCCAGCAGCCUUACUACAGCCAGCAGCCGCAGGCGCAGUAUCUGCCGUCCCAGCCGCAGCAGAGGUACCAGCCGCAGCAGGAUAUGUCUCAGGAAGGCUAUGGAACUAGGUCUCAACCUCCUCUGGCUCCUGGAAAACCUAACCAUGAAGACUUGAACUUAAUACAACAAGAAAGACCAUCAAGUUUACCAGUUGAAGUCUUGACCUCGGAGGAUACUGCCUUUGGACUGAAGGACCUGUCUGGCUCCAUUGAUGACCUCCCCACGGGAACGGAAGCAACUUUGAGCUCAGCAGUGAGUGCAUCCGGGUCCACAAGCAGCCAAGGGGAUCAGAGCAACCCAGCUCAGUCGCCUUUCUCUCCACACGCAUCUCCCCAUCUCUCCAGCAUCCCUGGGGGCCCAUCGCCUUCUCCUGUCGGCUCUCCUGUAGGAAGCAACCAGUCACGAUCUGGCCCAAUUUCUCCUGCAAGUAUUCCAGGCAGUCAGAUGCCUCCUCAGCCACCUGGGAGCCAGUCAGAAUCCAGUUCUCAUCCUGCCUUGAGCCAGUCACCAAUGCCACAGGAAAGAGGUUUUAUGGCAGGCACACAAAGAAACCCUCAGAUGUCUCAAUAUGGACCUCAACAGACAGGACCAUCCAUGUCGCCUCAUCCUUCUCCUGGAGGCCAGAUGCAUCCUGGAAUCAGUAGCUUUCAGCAGAGUAACUCAAGUGGGACUUACGGUCCACAGAUGAGCCAGUAUGGACCACAAGGUAACUACUCCAGACCCCCAACAUAUAGUGGGGUGCCCAGUGCAAGCUACAGCGGCCCAGGGCCCGGCAUGGGCAUCAAUGCCAACAGCCAGAUGCAUGGACAAGGGCCAAGCCAGCCGUGUGGUGCUAUGCCCCUGGGACGAAUGCCAUCAGCUGGGAUGCAGAACAGACCCUUUCCUGGAAAUAUGAGCAGCAUGACCCCUAGUUCUCCGGGCAUGUCUCAGCAGGGAGGGCCAGGAAUGGGGCCACCAAUGCCAACCGUGAACCGUAAGGCACAGGAGGCAGCUGCCGCAGUGAUGCAGGCCGCUGCGAACUCGGCACAAAGCAGGCAAGGCGGCUUUCCCGGCAUGAAUCAGAGUGGACUCAUGGCUUCCAGCUCUCCCUACAGCCAGCCCAUGAACAACAGCUCUGGGCUGAUGAACACCCAAGCGCCCCCCUACAGCCUGACGCCCAACAUGGUGAACAGCUCGACAGCAUCUAUGGGUCUUGCAGAUAUGAUGUCUCCUGGUGAAUCCAAACUGCCCCUGCCUCUCAAAGCAGAUGGUAAAGAAGAAGGCACUGCACAGCCGGAGAGCAAGUCGAAGGAUAGCUACAGCUCUCAGGGUAUUUCUCAGCCCCCAACCCCCGGUAACCUGCCAGUCCCUUCCCCAAUGUCCCCCAGCUCUGCUAGCAUCUCCUCAUUUCAUGGAGAUGAAAGUGAUAGCAUUAGCAGCCCAGGCUGGCCAAAGACUCCAUCAAGCCCUAAGUCCAGCUCAUCCACCACCACUGGGGAAAAGAUCACAAAGGUGUAUGAAUUGGGGAAUGAGCCAGAGAGAAAGCUGUGGGUAGACCGAUACCUCACCUUCAUGGAGGAGAGAGGCUCCCCGGUCUCAAGUCUGCCUGCGGUGGGCAAGAAGCCCUUGGACCUGUUCCGACUCUAUGUCUGCGUUAAAGAGAUUGGAGGUUUGGCACAGGUUAAUAAAAACAAGAAGUGGCGUGAGCUGGCAACCAACCUAAAUGUUGGCACUUCAAGCAGUGCAGCGAGCUCCCUGAAAAAGCAGUAUAUUCAGUACCUGUUUGCCUUUGAGUGCAAGACUGAGCGAGGGGAGGAGCCCCCGCCGGAAGUCUUCAGCACGGGAGACACCAAGAAGCAGCCCAAGCUCCAGCCGCCCUCUCCUGCUAACUCAGGAUCCUUGCAAGGUCCACAGACUCCCCAGUCAACUGGCAGUAAUUCCAUGGCAGAGGUUCCAGGUGACCUGAAGCCACCUACUCCGGCCUCCACCCCUCAUGGACAGAUGACCCCAAUGCAAGGUGGAAGAAGCAGUACAGUCAGUGUGCACGACCCAUUCUCAGACGCAAGUGAUUCAUCGUUCCCAAAACGCAACUCCAUGACUCCGAGCGCCCCAUACCAGCAGGGCAUGAGCAUGCCAGAAGUGAUGGGCAGGAUGCCCUACGAGCCCAACAAGGACCCCUUCGGAGGAAUGAGGAAAGUGCCUGGCAGUAGUGAGCCGUUUCUGACGCAAGGACAGAUGCCCACCAGCAGCAUGCAGGACAUGUAUAACCAGAGUCCGUCUGGAGCGAUGUCCAGUCUAGGCAUGGGGCAGCGGCAGCAGUUUCCCUAUGGAGCCAGUUACGAUCGAAGGCAUGAACCUUACGGGCAGCAGUACCCAGGCCAAGGCCCUCCCUCAGGACAGCCACCGUAUGGAGGACACCAGCCGGGCCUGUAUCCACAGCAGACGAAUUACAAGCGCCAUAUGGAUGGCAUGUAUGGGCCUCCAGCCAAACGCCACGAGGGAGACAUGUACAACAUGCAGUAUGGCAACCAGCAGCAAGAGAUGUAUAACCAGUACGGAAGUUCCUACUCCGGACCCGACAGGAGGCCCAUCCAGGGACAGUACCCGUACCCCUAUACCAGAGAGAGGAUGCAAGGCCCGGGGCAGAUACAGGCGCACGGGAUCCCGCCUCAGAUGAUGGGCGGCCCGAUGCAGUCGUCCUCCAGCGAAGGGCCUCAGCAGAGUAUGUGGGCGACACGCAACGAUAUGCCUUAUCCCUACCAGAGCAGGCAAGGCCCCGGCGGCCCUGCACAGACACCUCCUUACCCAGGCAUGAACCGCACGGACGACAUGAUGGUACCUGAUCAAAGGAUAAACCACGAGAGCCAGUGGCCUUCUCACGUCAGCCAGCGUCAGCCUUACAUGUCCUCUUCAGCCUCCAUGCAGCCCAUCACGCGCCCGCCUCAGACAUCCUACCAGACGCCACCGUCGCUGCCAAAUCACAUCUCCAGGGCGCCCAGCCCCGCCUCCUUCCAGCGCUCCCUGGAGAGCCGCAUGUCUCCCAGCAAGUCCCCCUUCCUGCCCUCCAUGAAGAUGCAGAAGGUCAUGCCCACCGUCCCCACGGCCCAGGUCACGGGGCCGCCCCCCCAGCCGCCCCCAAUCAGAAGGGAGAUUACCUUUCCUCCUGGCUCCGUGGAAGCAUCACAGCCCGUCUUGAAACAAAGGCGGAAGAUUACCUCAAAAGAUAUCGUUACUCCUGAGGCCUGGCGUGUGAUGAUGUCCCUUAAGUCAGGUCUUCUGGCUGAAAGUACUUGGGCUUUGGACACUAUUAAUAUUCUUCUAUAUGAUGACAGCACUGUCGCUACUUUCAAUCUCUCCCAGUUGUCCGGAUUUCUCGAACUUUUAGUAGAGUACUUUAGGAAAUGCCUGAUUGACAUUUUUGGGAUUCUUAUGGAAUACGAAGUGGGAGACCCCAGCCAAAAAGCACUUGAUCACAAUGUGGUAAAGAGAGAUGACAGCCAGUCCUUGGCCGACGAUUCUGGGAAAGAGGAAGAAGAUGCGGAAUGUAUUGAUGAGGAGGAGGACGAGGAGGAAGACGAGGAGGAAGACGGUGGGAAGGCGGAGAUUGAGGACAGGAGCAGCACGGCUUUGGCCUCCCCCGAUGCCACCGCGGAUCCAAAGGAGAAGCCCAGGCAAGCCAGUAAGUUCGACAAGCUGCCAAUCAAGAUAGUCAAAAAGAACAACCUGUUUGUCGUCGACCGGUCUGACAAGCUGGGUCGUGUUCAGGAGUUCAGCAGUGGACUUCUGCACUGGCAGCUCGGUGGUGGGGACACCACCGAGCACAUCCAGACGCACUUUGAGAGCAAGAUGGAAAUUCCUCCUCGCAGGCGUCCACCUCCCCCUUUAAGCUCCACAGGCAGAAAGAAAGAGCAGGAAGGCAAAGGGGAUUCUGAAGAGCAGCAAGAGAAGAGCAUCAUUGCAACCAUUGAUGAUGUCCUGUCUGCUCGGCCAGGGGCUCUUCCUGAAGACACAAACCCUGGUGCCCAAACCGAAAGCAGUAAGUUUCCCUUUGGAAUCCAUCAAGCCAAAAGCCACCGCAAUAUCAAGCUGCUGGAGGACGAGCCGAGGAGCCGGGACGAGGCUCCGCUCUGCACCGUCGCGCACUGGCAGGACUCGCUGGCUAAGCGCUGCAUCUGCGUGUCCAACAUCGUCCGGAGCUUGUCCUUUGUGCCUGGGAAUGACGCCGAAAUGUCCAAACAUCCAGGCUUGGUGCUGAUCCUGGGGAAGCUGAUUCUUCUUCACCACGAGCAUCCCGAGAGAAAACGAGCGCCGCAGACCUACGAGAAGGAGGAAGACGAGGACAAAGGGGUGGCCUGCAGCAAAGAUGAGUGGUGGUGGGACUGCCUCGAGGUCUUAAGGGAUAACACGUUGGUCACCUUGGCCAACAUUUCUGGGCAGCUAGACUUGUCUGCUUACACGGAAAGCAUCUGCUUGCCAAUACUGGAUGGCUUGCUGCACUGGAUGGUGUGCCCGUCAGCAGAGGCACAGGACCCCUUUCCCACUGUGGGACCCAACUCUGUCCUGUCGCCUCAGAGACUUGUGCUGGAGACGCUCUGUAAACUCAGCAUCCAGGACAACAAUGUGGACCUGAUCUUGGCUACGCCUCCAUUUAGUCGUCAGGAGAAAUUCUAUGCCACGUUAGUUAGGUACGUUGGGGAUCGCAAAAACCCAGUCUGUCGAGAAAUGUCCAUGGCGCUUUUAUCGAACCUUGCCCAAGGGGACGCGCUGGCUGCAAGGGCAAUAGCUGUGCAGAAAGGAAGCAUCGGGAACUUGAUAAGCUUCCUAGAGGAUGGGGUCACGAUGGCCCAGUAUCAGCAGAGCCAGCAUAACCUCAUGCACAUGCAGCCCCCGCCUCUAGAGCCCCCUAGCGUGGACAUGAUGUGCAGGGCGGCCAAGGCUCUGCUGGCCAUGGCCAGAGUGGACGAGAACCGCUCAGAGUUCCUUCUGCACGAGGGUCGAUUGCUGGAUAUCUCGAUAUCAGCCGUCCUGAACUCUCUGGUUGCGUCUGUCAUCUGUGAUGUACUGUUUCAGAUUGGGCAGUUAUGACAUCAGUGAGAAGGCAGCAUGUGUGAGUGAAGACUAGAGGCUCCCGUAUAACUGGCUGUUUUCUGUUCUUGUUUCUCCAGUGUAGGAAGAUGGAAAGAAAAUCUUUGCUCCUCUGCCCCAUCCACUAUUUACCAAUUGGGAAUUAAAGAGAUAAUUAAUUCGAACAGUUAUGAAAUUAAUAUUUGCUGUCUGUGUGUAUAAGUACAUCCUUUUGGGGUUUUUUUAUUUUGUUGUUUUUUUUUUUUUUAACCAAAGUUGCUGUCUAGUGCAUUCAAAGGUCACUUUUUGUUUUUCACCGAUUUUCUUUUUAACGUGCUUUUCCAUGUCUUACUGCAUUUUUUGGGAAGCGAAUUGACUUUAAAGAAAAAAGUUACGGUAAAAGAUGCUAAGAUGGGAAAAUUUCACCACACUGAGGCAAAAAGGUGAAAAAUUAUCAAUUUCCUAGCUGUGUUAUUCUUCAAAUAAUGAAAAAAUAAAAACUGUAUCCCAUCGCCCAAAGCUCUGUGCAAUAGAAACUUCUAGAGAUGUAGGUAUAGGGGCUCACGGAGGUGUGUCAGUCAGCAAAGUAUGAAAUGAUACUGGUUUCUCCACAGGAAAAUGGUUACAUUAGGCUAGGAGCAAAAACAAUGUUUCUUUAAGUUAAGAUUGAAAACACAUACCUGACAACGAUCAACAGAAAUUGCUUCCUCACCACUACCGUCAUGUCUGCUGUCUGUUGUUUGACCUUCCACAUGACAGUUCUUCACAAUUCCUUUAAUCAUUUUUUAAAUAUUUUUUUUACUGCCUAUGGGCUGUGAUGUAUAUAGAAGUUGUACAUUAAACAUACCCUCAUUUUUUCUUUUCUUUUUCUUUUCCUUUUUUUUUUUUUUUUUUUUUUUAGUACAGAGUUUUUAGUUUCUUUUUCAUGAUGUGGUAACUACGAAGUGAUGGUAGAUUUAAAUAAUUUUUUAUUUUUAUUUUAUAUAUUUUUUCAUUAGGGCCAUAUCUCCAAAAAAAAAAAAAAAGAAAAAAUACAAAAAACAAAAACAAAAAAAAAAACAAAAAAAAAAAGAGGGUAAUGUACAAGUUUCUGUAUGUAUAAAGUCAUGCUCUAUUUCGGGAGAGCAGCUGAUCACAAUUUGCUUCAUGAAUCAAGGUGUGGAAAUGGUUGCAUAUGGAUUGAUUUAGACAAUGGUUACCAGUACAGACAAAAAGAAAAAAAUACAACUAAAAGGAAGAAACACAACUUCAAAGAUUUUUCAGUGAAGAGAAUCCACAUUUGUAUUUCAAGAUAAUGUAGUUUAAAAAAAAAGAAAAAAACUUGAUGUAAAUUCCUCCUUUUCCUCUGGCUUAAUGAAUAUCAUUUAUUCAGUAUAAAAUCUUUAUAU